GUCCAGCGGACAGCGACCAGCCGUCAAAUGUCAAAUAACCAAAACAAACAAAAAACAAGUGUCAAGUUCUCAAUUCGAAAUUACAUCGAAACUGUGGGACUAACGGUAUUCCGAGCAAACAGCGAGGGAAAGCGUAGAGGAUUUUAGUGUGAAAGUAGCGAGCGCGCAGUGGAGCCGUGAAGUCGCGUCGUGAAACAUAACCUCAAAAUGUUGUUCAUAAUAACAUCGGUGGCGACCGUGGCUUUCGGCGUAUACUGGUAUCUCAACAGGCACAAACCUCUUAAAUACUUCCUCCGGGAUCUCAGAUAUGCCAUCGACAUGCAAGGCUGCGGCGCCGCUGGCCUCAUAGACGACUGGGUGAAUAAAUCACGAAAUAACGUAGUGUUGCCAGAUGCGAGUGAAAAAAUUGCCGUUAUAACGGGAGGCGCGCGGGGCAUCGGCAAAGAAGUGGUGCGUGGGCUGCUAAAAGCGAAGAUGACUGUUAUAAUGGGAGUCAGAGAUCCCCAAUCGAUAGGAAAGCUUCAAGAUAGUAUGGAAAAUGGCAGAAAAUUAGUAGCGUUCCCCCUGGACCUGCAGUCGUUGAAAACUGUGAAAGAGUUUGCCGAUAAUGUUUUGAAGGCAUACCCAGAAGUACAUUUAUUGGUAAACAACGCUGGCAUCAUGUAUGUAGAUUAUAAGGAAACCGAAGACAGUUUUGAAACGCAUAUGGCUGUAAACCAUUUGAGUCAUUUUUACUUGGCCCACCUCCUGCUGCCAGCGUUAAAAAAAGGUGGGAAGCCUGACAGUCCUUCAAGGAUAGUAAAUGUGUCAUCAUGCGCUCAUUACGCUGGGUACAUUCACUUUGAUGACCUGAAUGCUAAGAAACAUUAUGAUUCUGUGACAGCAUAUGCCCAGUCAAAGUUAGCUCAGCUCAUGAUAACGAGGCAUGUUAACAAACUUCUAGAAGAAUCUGGUGAGAACGUGAAAUGCUACUCGGUUCACCCUGGAAUAGUGAACACUGAUCUCUUCGACAAUACAAUGUUUUCCAAAUUACCGUGGGUAACAAAAACACUGUUUAAGUCACCAGAGAAAGGCGCAGUAUCUAUUUUAUUUGCCUGUUUCAACAACGAGAUACUCAAUAAGGGAGGAUUGUACAUAAGUAACUGUCAAGAAGGAAUCAGCAACAGAUUUUCAAAGAAUAUUGAACAUCAACAGAGACUGUUCCAAGUUUCAUGUGACUUAGUUGGUGUAGAGCAAGAAAAAUAUGGGAAGAACUAGCAUUCAAUAUUAUAAUUAUUAGCUUGAUAAAUGUUUUAAUUUAUUUAUUUAUUCAAAUACUCAUAGUUUCUAGUUCUUUUUGCAAAUUAUUACAAUAAAAAUGUAUUAAAUACUCA